AAAAAAUGUAAUUUAUCUAAUGGUAAAUAGGGUAUUUAGAUUAAUAUACAUUACCGUACUGAAGGAAAACGUAUACGUAUGUAGACGUAUCAAAAUCUACGAUUUGCAGUUGGGAUGUGAGAAUAAUUUGGUAUGGUGAGUACAUAGGUAGUGUAUAAACCUCGGCGAGUACGGAGACUGCUGGUUGAGGGAAGGGGAGAAAUUUCAAGACGCUGAUAUGGAGGAGGGCCAGCAAUCUAAAAGGCAUUCGGUAAAUACUAGCAAUUUCAUUGACAUAUGGAGUGUGCAAUGUGGGGAAUGCUUCAAAUGGAGGGUGAUACCAACUCAAGAAGAGUUUGAAGAAAUCAGAAGCACAUUUGCAGAAGACCCCUUUGUUUGCAGCAAGAAACCUGGCAUUUCCUGCGAUGAUCCGGCUGAUAUAGAGUACGAUGACUCCAGGACUUGGGUCAUCGACAAGCCCAACCUUCCCAAAUGCCCUGCCGGUUUCAGGAGGAAAUUGGUUAUGCGGAAAGAUUUCUCCAAAAUGGACUGCUAUUACGACAGCCCAAAUGGGAAAAGACUUAGGUCCUUGGCUGAAGUUGCCAGGUUCUUGGACAAGUAUCCUGAGUACAAGGAGGACGUCUUAGUCUCAGAUUUCAGCUUCACUCCUCCAAAGAUCAUGGAGGAUACUAUUCCUCCCGAUUUAGUGAAGAAGGCGUGAUUUAACAGGAAUUGGUUAUGGGUGUGUCUGCUUCCAUUUAUUGCUGUUGUAAAUCGUUCCCCCUUUGUCUUACAGAAGAACUGUAUACAUUUUAACUUAGAAAUAACUAAGACAUCAGGUUCCAUUUGAUAUAUGGCAUUGACUAUUUCUGAAGGACAAGUUGUUUCUGCAUCGUAAGUUCUUCAAUUCCUAACC